AUGGUGUUUUCCUGGCGAGAAGAUCUUGGAGCUCAGCGCCUGCUGCUCUCGCUUCUGCUCCUCGCAGCCUGGGAGGCGGGGAGCGGCCAGCUGCACUACUCGGUUCCCGAGGAGGCCAAACACGGCACCUUCGUGGGCCGCAUCGCUCAGGAUCUGGGACUGGAGCCGGAGGAGCUGGUGCCGCGCCUGUUCCGGGUGGCGACCAAGGACCGCGGGGACCUUCUGGAGGUAAAUCUGCAGAAUGGCAUUUUGUUUGUGAAUUCUCGGAUCGACCGGGAGGAGCUGUGCGGGCGGAGCACGGAGUGCAGCAUCCACCUGGAGGUGAUCGUGGACAGGCCGCUGCAGGUUUUCCAUGUGGAGGUGGAGGUGAAGGACAUUAACGACAACCCGCCUGUUUUUCCAAUGGCAGUAAAGAAUCUGUUUAUUUAUGAAUCCCGACAGGUUGGCUCUCGGUUUUCGCUAGAGGGCGCAUCAGAUGCAGAUAGCGGAAUAAACUCAUUGUUGACUUACAGUCUUGACUCCAGUGAGUAUUUUACUUUGGACGUUAAAAGAAAUGAUGAGGAAAUUAAAUCCCUUGGACUGGUGUUGAAAAAAGUUUUAAAUCGAGAGGACACUCCUGAACAUCAUUUACUAAUAACAGCAAUUGAUGGUGGGAAACCAGAGCUCACUGGCACCACUCAAGUGAAGAUCACUGUCCUAGAUGUAAACGACAAUGCCCCAGUUUUUGAGAGGAUGCUCUACAAAGUCAGAUUAUUCGAAAAUGCACCAAAUGGUACCCUAGUGGUGACUGUUAACGCCUCUGAUUUGGAUGAAGGAGUUAAUAAGGAUAUUGUGUUUUCCUUCCAUACAGACAUAUCAGCUGAGAUUCUGUCGAAAUUCCAUUUAGAUCCAGUCAAUGGAUAUAUCAGUGUGAAAGGCAAUAUAGAUUUUGAGGAAACUAAGUCGUAUGAAAUCCAGGUAGAGGCGACAGAUAAAGGAAAUCCUCCAAUGACAGAUCACUGCACAGUUCUAGUGGAAAUUGUGGACACCAAUGAUAAUGUACCUGAAUUGAUCAUCAAAUCAUUAUCAUCACCUGUAUUAGAAAACUCUGCCCUUGGCACCGCCAUUGCCCUGAUUAGCGUAUCGGACCUGGACUCAGGAGCCAACGGACAGGUGACCUGUUCCCUGAUGCCAGAUGUCCCCUUUAAACUGGUGUCCACCUUCAAGAAUUAUUAUUCCCUGGUCCUUGACGGCGCCUUAGACCGAGAGACCAUAUCUGACUAUAAGGUGGUGGUGACCGCGCGGGACGGGGGCUCGCCCUCGCUGUGGGCCACGGCCAGCGUGUCCGUGGAGGUGGCCGACGUGAACGACAACGCGCCUGCGUUCGCGCAGCCCGAGUACACGGUGUUCGUGAAGGAGAACAACGCGCCGGGUUCGCACAUCUUCACGGUGUCGGCGCGGGACGUGGACGCGCAGGAGAACGCGCUGGUGUCCUACUCGCUGGUGGAGCGGCGGGUGGGCGAGCGCGCGCUGUCGAGCUACGUGUCGGUGCACGCGGAGAGCGGCAAGGUGUACGCGCUGCAGCCGCUGGACCACGAGGAGCUGGAGCUGCUGCAGUUCCAGGUGAGCGCGCGCGACGCUGGCGUGCCGCCCCUGGGCAGCAACGUGACGCUGCAGGUGUUCGUGCUGGAUGAGAACGACAAUGCGCCCGCGCUGCUGGGGCCUGCUGUGGGCGGCGCGGUGAGCGAGCUGGUGUCGCGGUCAGUGGGCGCGGGCCACGUGGUGGCGAAGGUGCGCGCGGUGGACGCGGACUCUGGCUACAACGCGUGGCUGUCUUAUGAGCUGCAGCCGGCGGCGGGUGGUGCGCGCAGCCCGUUCCGCGUGGGGCUGUACACGGGCGAGAUCAGCACGACGCGCGCCCUGGACGAGGCUGAUGCGCCGCGCCAGCGCUUGUUGGUGUUGGUGAAGGACCAUGGCGAGCCAGCGCUGAUGGCCACCGUCACUGUGCUGGUGUCUCUGGUGGACAGUGGCCAGGAGCCAAAAGUCUUGCGAACUUCGGUUGGAGCUUCCAGCUCUGAGGCUGCGCUGGUGAAUGUCAAUGUGUACCUGAUCAUCGCCAUCUGCGCGGUGUCCAGUCUGCUGGUGCUCACGUUGCUGUUAUACACCGCGCUGCGUUGCUCAGCGGCGCCUUCUGGGAGCAUGUGCGGGCCUGGGAAGCCCAUGCUGGUGUGCUCCAGUGCGGUGGGGAGCUGGUCAUACACACAGCAGAGGAGGCAGAGGUGUGCUCUGGAGAGGUGCCACCCAAGACUGACCUCAUGGCCUUCAGCCCCAGUCUUCCACCAUGUCCUGUUAACCAAGAUAAAGAGGACCAACUGGUUGCAGAACUUGAUUUCUCUGACAAAGUGA